ACUCAGACACUCCUUGGGUUUCACCGGGAGAGCUACUGCAGGAUUGGGGUCAAUGAGGGCUGGCAUCAAGAUGAAGGGCAGCCGGGCUCCUCCUCCUUUAAUCCUUGUCUCACCACCCCUCCCCCAAAACUCCUUCCCUUUGACCAGUGUCCUGGGCCUUUAAGAGUUGGAAGAGCUCACACCUCUCCCCUCCCUACUCCUUCCCUUUGGCUGCAAGUCUGCCAGUCACAGCAGCAAACUGCGGUAGAAAAGGGGAGGAAGCCAGUGAGUGAGCAAGCGAGAGAGGAGAGCAAGAGCCCAGCUGGGUUUCCUCGUCCCACAGGAGAGAGCAUCGCACAAGCUUACAGACACAGGACCGCUAUCCUGCCCACGGUGACUGGCACCAGCUGGCGGACCGGUGGGUGAUGGUGUCUCUGAUGCAAGGCCGGCUGCCCAUCAAUCAAGACUUGCUGCUGAUGCAGAAGGGCAUGCUGAUGCGCAAGGUGAGGUCCAAAAGCUGGAAGAAACUGAGAUACUUCAGACUUCAGGAUGAUGGCAUGACAGUCUGGCAUGCCCGGCAGGCGGGAGGCACUGCCAAGCCCACCUUCUCUAUCUCUGAUGUGGAGACGGUGCGGGAGGGCCACGAGUCCGAGCUGCUGCGGAGCCUGGCAGAGGAGCUCCCCCUGGAGCAGGGCUUCACCAUCGUCUUCCACGGCCGCCGCUCCAACCUGGACCUGGUGGCCAACAGCGUUGAGGAGGCCAAGAUAUGGAUGCAGGGGCUCCAGGUUUUGGUGGACUUUGUUACCGGCAUGGACCAACAGGAGCGGCUGGACCAAUGGCUGAGUGACUGGUUCCAGCGUGGAGACAGGAACCAGGAUGGUCGGAUGAGUUUCCACGAAGUCCAGCGUUUACUGCACCUGAUGAAUGUGGAAAUGGACCAAGAAUAUGCCUUCCAGCUUUUCCAAGCAGCAGACACAUCCGAGUCUGGGACUCUGGAGGGAAAAGAGUUUGUAGAGUUCUAUAAGGCGCUGACUAAACGUACUGAGGUGCAAGAGCUGUUUGAAAACUUUUCGGCUGAUGGGCAGAAGUUGACCCUGCUGGAAUUUGUGGAUUUCCUCCAAGAGGAGCAGAAAGAAGGAGAGCGAGCUUCUGACCUUGCUCUGGAACUCAUCGACCGCUAUGAGCCCUCAGAUAGCGGCAAAUUGCGACACGUGCUGAGCAUGGAUGGCUUCCUCAGCUAUCUCUGCUCGAAGGAUGGAGAUAUCUUCAACCCGACCUGCCUUCCCAUCUACCAGGAUAUGACUCAACCCCUGAACCACUACUACAUCAAUUCCUCUCACAACACCUACCUCGUGGGGGACCAGCUUUGUGGCCAGAGCAGCGUGGAGGGCUAUAUACGGGCCCUGAAGAGGGGGUGCCGCUGCGUGGAGGUGGAUAUAUGGGAUGGACCUAGCGGGGAACCUAUCGUUUACCAUGGACACACUCUGACCUCCCGCAUCCCAUUCAAAGAUGUCGUGGCCACUGUAGCCCAGUACGCCUUCCAGACCUCAGACUAUCCAGUUAUCUUGUCCCUGGAGACCCACUGCAGCUGGGAACAGCAGCAGGUCAUGGCAUGCCAUCUGACCGAGAUCUUGGGGGAGCAACUGCUGAGCACUACCUUGGAUGGGCUUCUGCCCACUCAGCUGCCCUCACCUGAGGAGCUUCGGGGGAAGAUCUUGGUGAAGGGGAAGAAGUUAAGGACACUUGAGGAGGAUCUUGAGGAAGAGGAAGAGGAGGAAGAGCUAGAGUCUGAACUGGAGAGAGAGCAGGAAGCUGACCCGGAGCUGGAGGCCCAGCUGGAGUCUGAGCCCCAGGCGUUGAGCCCAUGCAGUAAGGACAAAAAGAAGGAGAAGAGAUCCAAACCCAUCUUGUGUCCAUCCCUCUCUGCCCUGGUUGUCUACUUGAAGUCUGUCUCAUUCCACAGCUUCACUCAUUCAAGGGAACACUACCGCUUCUAUGAGACCUCAUCUUUCUCUGAAACCAAGGCCAGAAGCCUCAUCAAGGAGGCUGGCAAUGAGUUUGUGCAGCACAACGCCUGGCAGCUCAGCCGCGUGUAUCCCAGUGGCCUGAGGACAGAUUCGUCCAACUACAACCCCCAGGAGCUCUGGAACGCAGGCUGCCAGAUGGUGGCCAUGAAUGUGCAGACCGCGGGGCUUGAGAUGGACAUCUACGAUGGGCUCUUCCGCCAGAACGGUGCCUGUGGCUACGUGCUGAAGCCUGACUUCCUGCGUCAUGUCCAGAGCUCCUUCCACCCCGAGCGGCCCAUCAGCCCUUUCAAAGCCCAGACCCUCCUAAUCCAGGUGAUCAGUGGGCAGCAACUCCCCAAGGAGGACAUGAGUAAAGAGAGGUCCAUUGUGGAUCCACUGGUGAGAGUGGAGAUCUUUGGCAUCCGCCCUGACACAACCCGGCAAGAGACCAGCUACGUGGAGAACAACGGUUUUAAUCCAUACUGGGGGCAGACGCUAAGCUUCCGGGUCCUGGUGCCCGAACUGGCCCUGCUGCGUUUCGUGGUCAAGGAUUACAACUGGAAAUCCCGACAUGACUUUAUCGGGCAGUACACAGUGCCUUGGACCUGCAUGCAGCAAGGCUACCGCCACAUACACCUGCUCUCCAAGGAUGGCAUCAGCCUCCAUCCAGCUUCCAUCUUCGUGCAUAUCAGCAUCCGGGAAGGGCUGGAGGGGGAUGAAUCCUAAGGCUCAAUCCCCUACCCAGACCUAGAACUACUCUCUCUCAUCAACCCUGGCUCAAAGGCUGGCUGCAACCCAGAGAGGGGCUUGGAGCAGAAGGACACAAAGAGGCAUUAUCCCCUCCACCCUAACUUCCUCUAAGCCCAGAGCCAAGGGAAAGAUAAAUCAAGCCUCAAGGUUCCCCAGGCAAAGGCUGGGGAAGGACACCAGACCCUAAGACUAUACUUUGACAUUCAAGAGAACACUGCACAGCCCUGGGUCCCCACUGGACUGCUCUCUCCUGGCCCCACCUGUAUAAAUAGAGCUUUUCUACCCA